UUAUCAUAUACUGCCUAAAUUUAUAUAAAUAUAUUUGAAAAAAAAAAUAUACGUAAAACUAAUUUUGGGGGUGUAGUCGCUGGUGGUAGUGGGAUGUUUGUUUACCCAACUGCUAAGGAGGCAGCACUGGAGCACAUGGAGUCUGUACGGUAGCCCCAACAAUAACAACAACGAUAACAACAACAACUCUGCUCCCAUCAAGAAGUGAUAGGACACAAUUCACACAGGGCAGCUGGGUGGUGGCAUAUCAAGACUUUUCUUCAGAGGACAGACCAAGUGAGAUCCAAGUUCAACAACCUGAGAACAUAUUUAAUGAAAGAGUACUGGAAGACUCAGAUUACUCCAAGUGGAUCAUCUGGUGGCUGUGUUGCCAAAUGGAAGUUGUUUCGAAGCAUGUCUUCUCACAAGGACACGCUGGACAACUCCAAAACACAUUCAAGUGAAAAUUUCACAAGUGAACUUUCUGACAGAUGUGCCAUGGAUAUUUGUGAAUAGUGGACUCAGGAAACACUCUCUAUAGUUCCUUCAAAGAGUUUUCAUCAGCUUCAUCAGCAUCCUCAGCAUCAUGGUCACCCUUGGACCCAUCACCAAAUGCUACACCUUUACCAUCACCAUCACCACUUGUAUGCAGUGUGCCUGAACAACAGCCAGCACCAUUUUCCAGUACAUCAGUCACCAACAGAAGGAGGAAAAGAAAAUAUUAUAAUCCUGUGGAUGAUACCACAUGCCUAGCCAAGUUAUUCUAAGUGUGAUCUCUAUGGUCCUGCACCCUGACGUUCCCCUCCAUAGUGCCUUAUUCACAAAAAUAACUGCUGCCAUGUUGCUAACAGUGGUAGUUGUGGUGGUGGUGGCGUUGGUGGUGCACCGGUGCAUGAUGCGGCGCUGCACCUCCACUCGUAGCCUUGCUGGGAUGACUGCUAUUGUUACAGGGGCAUCUGCAGGCAUUGGGAAGGAGACUGCCAAGGACCUGGCAAAGCGUGGUGCUCGGGUCAUCCUUGCUUGUAGAAACCAGACGAAGGCACAGUUAGUGGCUGACUAUAUCAUCUCAGUGACAGGCAACAAAAAUGUGGUGGUAUGUCUGCUGGAUACCUCUGACCUUUCCUCUGUCAGGUCCUUUGCUGAAGAAGUACUAAAGACAGAGGGUGCCAUCCAUAUCCUGGUAAAUAAUGCUGGGAUUGGCGGCAAGGAGAUACAAGAGAUAACAUGUGAUGGCUUUGACCUGACCAUGGCCACCAACUAUUAUGGCCAUUUUUUGUUGACCAACUUGCUUCUUAAACGCCUCAAGGAGAGUGCACCCAGCCGUGUCGUCAACGUAUCUUCACUUGCCCACUUCUUCGUAUGGCGGCUUAAUUUGAAGGAUCUCAACUUUAAGAAGAGAAGCUACAGCCUGCUUAAGGCGUAUUCACAGAGCAAACUGUGCAACAUUCUCUUCUCCCUUGAACUGGCUGAGAAACUGCGUGGCUCUGGUGUUGUUGUCAACUCACUCCACCCUGGCACUAUCAACUCAGAAUUUGUGCGUGAUGAGAUGGUGAUGUCAUGGUGGCGCAAACCCUUCCUGCUGUUUGCCAGAAUUAUGCUCAGGCUACUUGGCAAGGACAGUGAGCUGGGGGCUCAGACCACCAUUCACCUGGCAGUGUCGGAGGAAGUGGAGGGUGUGACUGGGAAAUACUUUGAUGAGUGCAAGGAGGCUACAAGCUCUUGGCUGGCACAGAACAGUGGGCUGGCAAAGGCCUUGUGGGAAAUAACUGAGGCAGAUGUCCAGCUUGCACCCAGUGAAAUCUUUUACUGAGAGAGAGAGAGAGAGAGGGAGAGAGAGAGACUAGCCCAUCUGCGUGUAGUGGCUCAUUUAAUAUCACAAUCUUCCUUCGUAAAUUUGUUCUCAUGGAUAUUAUUACUGUAUCAUCCAUAUACAAAAAUAAACAUAGGCAUUCUG